AUGUAUGGGUUUGUACACUAUGAGGUAUCGGUAGCGUUGAAUUUAGAUAUCGACGAUUUGCUUGUUGGACUGAUUGCCGAAAUCCGGGAAUCAGUGAAGCCAAAUCGACCCUCAUUUCUUGAUAAUGUUGAGGCCUCGGAUGAGAGCGUCAGCGCCGAGGCAGAAGAAGAGCCAAGUGAUUUUAAAGCUGCAAUAAGACGAUACUCAAAAAGAAAAAGAGAACAAAUGGGUGGUGCUGUUGAG